UAACAAUCCGAAUUCAUGGUCGGCGUGAACUGUGAACACGACGCCAAACAAUCACAUGUUGUUAGUAAAUAAAACGACAGGACUGAUAGUCGUUUAUGUGAGAUUGUUUAAAUAAAGAGGUUAUCUAUCCUGACCAGUAAAGGAAAGAAGUGUUAGUGUAAACUGCAUGCAGAAGAGUGAAUUAAAGCAUAUACUGUGAACAUAACAAGAACUUUAACAUGUCCUCGUUAAAGAGAAAAAUUAAUCACAGGGAGACUUAUAUACCACCCUACAAGAGAAGAGAAACACGUGAUUUAUCAACAAAUCGUGACUCGGGAAAAGAUAACAAUGGUGCCCAGUUCCAGGUUCAUCCUCGUAACAAAUAUGACCAUGAUGCACCUUUGUUUAGAAGGCCUAUGUUUGUUGGUGACUUUUCCUUAGAUGGCAAACGACGAUUUUAUCAUGACAAGAGAAAUCUACAUUACAUCAGCAUGGAUUGGCAAACAUCCAAGAAGGUGGAUUAUGAUCUGAAUGUGGCCAUGGAUAAAAUGAUACGGAAGAAUUUUGAAGAAACUAAAACUGAAAAACUUGAUCGUUUAUUAGAAUGGAUUCUCCAGAACUUGUAUAAGUUUCAAACAAAAGACUCUUCUGACAAACCACUUAAAUGUCUUUCAACAGAUUUCGUCUGCUUUAGGGGACUGCUCACCGAGUUACUUUGUACACCAUAUGAAAGCAAAGAGGGCUGGAUUAUAUGUGCAACCAAGUUCCGUGACACUAUAUACUUAUGUGCUUAUGAAACUCCUGAGAAACAGUCCCAGCGUGAAAAUGCGACCGAGUUGCAGAAGACAAUGUCAGCUUGGGGUUACAAGUUUGAACAAUAUAUGACAGAUGGGAGUGACCCAACAAAAGGAGUGAACGAAAAUGAAGAGUACUGCUGUGUAAUUCGCUCACGUUUAGAAAGUCAUUCCCUUGUGUAUGGAGCCGAGGUGGAUGGAGCUGAUCCUUCUACAUAUAAAACUCCCCAUUCUGACCUGAAGUCUUUUGUGGAGCUCAAAACUGGUAAAGAGCCUGUACAAGACAGAGACUACCGUGCGCUGUGCAGGUUUAAGCUUAUGAAAUGGUGGAGUCAGUCAUAUUUAGUUGGCAUACCACGUGUUGUUUGUGGAUUUCGGAAUACGGACGGAAAAGUCCACACUUUGAAGACUUAUGAUGUUGAAGAAAUGUCAUCCAUAGCGCAGGAUCACUGGAAGCCAGAAAUAAUGCUGAAUUUCCUCAACAAAUUCCUGGAAUUUGUCAAGACCUGUGUGCAAGUCGAUGAUCCAGAAGCAGUAUACAAGUUUCAAAGAGAGUGUAAUGGAGGUGACAUAUCUUGCACAUAUUUAGGGCAUGAUCCACAGUGGGCAUUUAUGCCAAAAUGGUAUUAUGAGAAAGCCUUUUCGGCAUAACAGAUAUAUACAGUACUGUAUAGUGACGCUUUUAUAAGCAGAGUAGUAAUUUAUUAGGAUGGUUCACAGCAGCAGAAAUUAUAUUGUAACAAAGUUUAUACCACUUUCUUGCACCUCUAAGUGCAGCAUUAACCUCAGACUAUAUGAGGCAGACACUUGUUCCAGAAUGUGAAAGGUUAACCUUACUGCAAAGUGUCUAUUGUUUUAUCUAAAACAUACUCUAGGUUAUUAUUACAGUGUUCAAAAACAAUUAAUGUAUGGUGCAUAUACUAAUUAAUUGUAUGGGAGGGAACCCAAUCCUCGACUCCAGUUAGGAAUCAUAUCCAUGGCGUAAUAUGAUGGUAUGGACAUAGUGAGAGAAUGAUUGGCAAAAAACAAAAUAUAAAUGAUUCAGAUGUAGGGCAUUGUAGUUUGUAAGAUGGGAUGGGAUGGGAUGGAUUGAAGUAUGCCAGGGGGAGGAAAGAGCACAUUCACCCACUAGUAACUGAUUUAUAACUGAAUUUUGAAGUUAGUACCAAAAUGUAGAGACAGUACCUCCAUGAUUUAUAAUUCUACAACCUCAGUUCUGUUAAGUACAAGAGAACACUGACUAAUGCAUUACUUACAGCAGUUACAAUCAUCUGUUAUCAGCACAGCCUGCUACUGGAACGUGUUGAAGGCAAGCUCAAAUGGGGCGUUCUAUUGGAGAUAUCUCUCAAGUCACUCAUCUUUGUCCUCAGCUAUAAAACAUGUUCUUUUUUUGGUUCAAUCUUUCAAUUUUAUACAAACUCAGUGUAAAUAAAUAUAAUGAAAACCCAAUAUAAAAAUUUAUUACAACUAUGAUAUAAAACAGUAUGGAUUCAAAGUACCUAUACAAGAAAUGUUUGUAAAUCUCAAAAUUAUAUCAUAUAGAGUACUGUACUAUAUAUAUAUAUUUUAAAUUGUAAUAACCUCUGUUAUCAUCAGGUCCAACCAUUGAGCUUAAACAGUGCUAAAUUAUUCAGAGAGAGACAUUCAACCACUAUCCUCAAGAUAUGGCCAUUCACAAUUUCUCUACCUUCCCCCUCAUUUAAAUCUCUUCUCCUUUUCUUGUAUCCUUUAUUAAACCAUCUUACAUUUCUUAAAUCCUUAUUAAAUUAUUUCCUUUGUACAUAUUUGUUGGGAAAACCUCCAUUCUUCCAUUUUUUAAUUCCACAUAAAAAGUUAUAUUUGUUGCACUAUGUUAACAAACUUGAAGGUGAUCAGUAAAUGAAGUGCUCGAGGAAGAAAUUUCAUCUACCACACUAGGUAAGUUCAUAGAAAUUUAAAUGAUCUUCAAAACUAUACCUGUAGUAAUUUUGUGCAGUAAAAUCUAUUUAGAAAACAAAUCCCAUUAAUUAAUAAGAAAGAGAUAAAAAUGCAAGCUUAUCAGGGUUCAAAAGUUUUUAAAAUCAUACACACUACUACACUGUAUACCUUUGAAUAAUUUAGAAAAAAAAAAUUGGACAGAAUAAGUCUGAAAUAUACAUAGGGUGAAGAAAUUCUUUAAAGAUACAUGGAUGAGUUAGGUAGGAAGGGAAGAGGUAGAUAAUUAAAGAGGUGAUUCGAGUCAACAGCUAAAUUGUUUUAGUACAAAGUAAUUGUCAGCAGUGUGCCAGAGAGGGAUAAAGAGACCACACACAAAGGAGAAUAAUGGAAGAGUUAAUGGGCAACAAAGGUCUAAAAAUGAAGCAGCUUAGUGAAGAAGAUGUGAAGAUUUUGCCAAUAUGAUCCCGAUUUAAUUUUUGUCAUACACAACAGGAAUUGUAUACUGUACUAACUUUAAGGAGUUUAUUUACUUAUUUUUCUAGUACUGUCUAUAAUAAUUUUCUCAUUCCACCAAGGUUUGAUACAGCUAUUCAACCCUACUGACUUAGAAAUGGUAGAUGGUGUUGAAAGAAAAUUCAUGAUGUUGCUGAUUUUUAUGAUACUGUACUGUAUUUAUGAUAUAUUUCACUUGAGAUCAUUGUAAUACCAAAAACAUUGUCUCUAAUGUAUGACCAAAUAAUCAUAAAUUAAUAAAGAAAAAAGGGCAAUUUUUAUAAUUUAGUGUCCUAUUUAAGCCUUUGUUUGGCUACCAUUACUCUAUAGAUCCUAAUACAUGUAGUGGCCUUGUGACAUGUUCUUCACCCCCUUCACUAUGGGAUGCCAAUUUUAAUAUUUUAUUUGACUAAAGUCACAUGAUUUUAUUCAGCUCAGUGGGGACCCUAAACACAAGGGAUUAAAGGCAAACUACCAAUAAAAACAUGUUCAGUUUCAAUUUCCUAACUAUUUCUUGCUUCCCUCUUUCUUACAAUUUUUCUCAGUUCAUAUUUGUCUCUUCAUCUGCUAGAGCAACCCACAUUCAUCUCACUUGUACCACUACUUUCAUACCUUUUUGUCGAGGAAAAUUAGCAACUGCUCCACAUUGAUGACAGCAAAAAUUAAACUUAAAAGAUCUUAGUUUCUGUGUUAACUUGUUACUGUAGGAAAGGCAUCAAUUUAUGUUAUAAUGGACCAGUCAAUAUUUGAAAAUUGAUUUUAGAGUAAGUAUACCCUUACAUAAACACAGCUACCUUGGAGUGAGCUCUGUUUCAGUCUCGUAGGAAAUGAGUUUGAACCUUUUAUGUUAAUUCAUAGCGGUAUCCUAAA